GCACGUGUGACGUCAGUGACGAAGCGGGAAGCGGCGUCUGUGCGGCCAUUCUUGAACUGCUCUCGGACGGUUUACACGUACGUCCUAGCUUGAGCUCAUAUAUUGUGUUUUGUAUUUUUGUGAGUCUACACAGUACCUACAGCAUUCAUAAUGCCUCCCAAGACAAAGAUUUUCGUGGGCAAACUGCCUCCAACAUGCAAGGACUUUGAGCUACGCAAGUUGUUUGAAAGGUUCGGUGAAGUUACAGAAUGUUCCAUCCUUGGAAAUUAUGCAUUUGUUCACAUGAAGACAGAAGAACAGGCAGCAACAGCUAUCAGGAAUCUUAAUAACUGGGAUAUGAAUGGCUUUAAAAUUAGUGUAGAGCAAUCAACUGGAGAAAAGCGUGCAGGAGGAAUGGGUGGUAUGGGAGGUCGUGGAGGUAUGGGUGGUGGUUUCCGUGGACGUGGAGGUCCCAUGAGAGGACGGGGCAUGGGCCGACCAGGUCCUUAUGACCGGAGACCACCCAUGGGUGAUCGUUAUGGACCACCACCCCCAGGCCCACCCCCAGCACCUCCCAUGAGAAAUGGUUAUUAUGAUGAUUAUGAACGCCGUGAUCGCCGUCCCCUUCCACCAGCAGGAGCCCUAGACCGCCGACCACCACCACCAAUGCCAAGAGAGCCAGCAUACAGGGACCCAUAUGAUCGCUAUGAUUCUUAUGACCGCAUGCCUCCUCCACCCAUGGGCCGCCGCACGCCGCCACCAAUGGACCGACGACCUCCUCCCAUGGGAUAUGACCGCAGGGACGACCCAUAUGGAGAUAUGUAUGGACCAAGGCCAGAGCGUGACAUCUAUGGUGGUGGAAGGGACAUGUUCCCCCCUCGUGGCCGAUCUCCACCCCGCCGUAGUCCUCCACGCCGCUACCCCGGUCCUCCCCGUGACAUGCCCCCCCGACGCUUUUAGAUGCGAAGUAGAGGCUGACAGCGACGUGUGCAUGCACCGAUAAUCAGAUCUUGGUGGCAGAUGCAUUCUGAGUUAAUAUCAUGAAUACAGUAAUUCUUUCCAAGGAUUAGACGACUGAAGUCUUGAUUCAUGAAUGCGUAACUUCAUUGAACAUUUGAACAAACCUGAAGACUUUAAGUUUUUUAUAAAGUCGAUAUUGUUUAAUUUUAAGUGUACUGCGUACCAAUAAAUCUUAUUUUUAAGGAAAUAUUUCAA